AUGAACCCAAUCGAGCCUUUCUGGGGCCCCCAGACCUCAUACCUCAACUUCUGCGAAGAAGACUACGUAAUCACCCGCUACGUGGCCGAGUUCAUCAACACCCUCAGCAGUCUAAUCUACUGCGCGUUCGGACUCUACGGGAUCUCCCAGCUGUCCAAACGAAACCAGGCCUCGCUGUCCCGCUGCAUCCCGUACUAUGGACUCAUCGGCGUGGGCGUCUGCUCGGCGGGGUACCACAUGACGCUGAAGUACCACACGCAGAUGUCGGACGAACUCUCCAUGCACCUCCUAACAACCCCGCUCCUCUACCGCAUCCUCACCUUCCAAAAGAACGCACAGUACACUCGCACCAUCGGGACAACCCUCUCCAUCGCCUUCGCCAUCGUCAUGCUCGUGCACAUGGUAAUGGACGAGUUCCUGCUGCACGCCGUCUCCUUCGGGACCGCCGUGCUCCUCAUCACAAUCAAGACGAUCCAGACAAUCCCGCGGCAGAUCCACGACCCAGCGAUCCGGUUCAACAUCAAGAUUGUUUCGCGGUUUGGACUGUUCUGCUUCAUCUUCGGCUACACAAUGUGGCUGGUCGACAACUUCCUCUGCCCGUCUCUAUCGGGCGCCCGGGACCUCGUCGGCAUGCCGCUGGCCUUCCUGUUUGAGUUCCACGGCUGGUGGCAUGUGUUUACCGGCAUUGGCGGGUAUGUUGCCGUUGCGGUCGUGGACCUGAUUACCUCGAGCGAGGUCAACCGGGAUCCGACGCCCGAGAUGGCGUUCCCGGUGCCGCUUGCGGCGAAAAUCAUUGCGGAGGUUGUUGGUGGGAGUGGAAGUGGGACGAAAGGGCAGUAG